GGUCCAGACCUCAACCACAUAUGACAAAGUGAAACUUUCUUCUGUUUCGAGCAAGAUGGUCGAGUGAUCGUAUAUCUUUGAGUGGACUGGAUUUUCUUGUAGAUAACUGUUAUUUUCCCUGCAAGUGUUCUUCGCUCCUCCUCGGCUCGAUGUGGCCUUGACUGCUCUAGAGGUGCUCAGCAGGAUGAUUGGGUGAUAUAUCUUCAGCUCUAGGAUUGGAUUUCACUGAAAUAACUUCUCCGUUGUUGCCAAGUCUUAAUUAGUUUGCUCCUCCUCAACUUGAUCUGCAGCCUCGCGGCUGUAUAGGGAGUGAAACAAUCUGCAGCUGAUGGGCUAGAUUGUCUAUCAUGGCUUUCUUCUGCUGGUAUUAGUUUUCUGUCGAGAACUUCAACAUGUCCAAACAUCGAACCGACCGCUGGCUGAUUGUAAGGGAUUUUGAUGAUGCUGUCAAGAAAGUUUUUGAUCUUUUGCGGGCAAGCGAUGAUGCUACAGAAGGAAAAACUAAAGCAUUCAUCUUUUGUGGCUGGAAUUUUGAGAGUGUAGGUGCAUGUGCUAUUUUUAGAGCUGUAGCCAAACUCCUAAAAUCCACAAUAUGUGAUGAUUCUGACAUGAGAAAGCAUUUUGGCAAAAUUUUCCAUGUGGACUGCUCCGCGUGGAAAAAUAAAAGGACCAUGCAGAGGGCAAUCGCGGAGGAGUUAAACCUUUGCCAUGUAAUGCCCAUAUUUGAUAAGCAGGAUGAAGAUGAUGAUUUCAAAGGGGUGGAAGACAGCUCUAGAGAAGAGAUAUCACGUAUCGGGCAUUUGAUUAAUGAGUCUUUAAGAAAUAAGAAAUUUCUGAUGAUUUUUCAUUAUGGAGGAGUCGGAGAUAUUGAUCUAGCAGGGUUUGGCAUUCCUGUUUUUGGCGAAGGAAAAUUGUUAUGCACCAAUGAUAGAAGAUUUCAGGUCAAAAGGACAGGGAAAGAACGGAUGUUAAUACCAAGUUUUGCUAAUAUUUAUAUCUAUCUGCAGCUUGAGGGUCCGUUCGAUAUGUCUCUGCGUCGUGCAUUGCACGAAGAAACUGUGGGGGUGAUUGAUGACAUCGGCAUGGAGGGCAUCAACCUAGCAAUAGUUUUGGAUUGCUUCUUCUACUCAUUAAUCCUGACAGCACAACUACCUGAAAACUCUAUUGGUGUUGACAAUGGUUGGGCUACUCAUGCUUGCAACUACUGGAUAUGUGAUGGAAUCCUUGGAAAGGAAAGAGCUUGGGAGAUUGGCAAUGCAUUGUAUCGAGUGAUGACGCCAUUGGGGUAUUUUUCAGAUGAAGCAAGACGUUUGUUGUAUGAUCUAUUCAUACAAGAAACGGAACAAAAUGUUUGUUGGUGGUAUCCAGUCAUCUCCAACAAACUAGGAGCAAAAAAUAUUUGUAAUGUUCCUGAUUAUGCAACAUCAUAUUUCCUAACAUUCCAGGGAGAUAAUCGAGUAUAUGUUCAUAAUGAUUUGUUUGAACUAGCCAGCAGAAACCUCCAUGUGCUAAAGCUCUGCAACUGCAGAUUUGAUUUUGCAUCCCCUCCUUUCCAGUCCUGCCACAACCUAAGAUUCCUCUGGCUUGACAAUUGUGCAAACACGGAGAAGGAGAAAAGUGGAGUGCCAAUUUUUUCGAACCUGCUGGUGUUUGACUUACGUUUCACAGAUUAUGUUAUGUUGCCUCAUAUGGUUGAACUGAUGACCAAUCUCAGGGAGCUAAAUACGAAGGGAAUCUCAUGGAAGACAAUGAGUCAUGCUUGGAAAAGGCUACAAAAACUUCACAAGCUCCGGGUAACCGAGUCUUCAGAUGUGGUCACAGUGGACAGUUGCUCUUCCAUAGAUAUCCUGAAUUUGGAACUCCUUGACAUGUCUGGCAACACUCACAUGGAGUCAUUGCCCACGUUAGUAUCAUCCGCGAGAAGCCUCAAGAUGCUUGUUCUUGAUGGUUGUUCCAGCUUGCAGAACGUUGUACUGGAAGGAGUUCCACUGCUCGAAAGUUUCAGCUUUGAUGGUUAUGGCCCAGUAAAGAAUUGGAUUCAUUCCAUACAGCUGCCACAAAAGGAAUUACGCCUGAAGUCUCCUAUAGCUCCUGUUGAAAUAGUCCAGGUGACUAAGAUCUCCCUACAGGGCUGUGGUCGAUUGCAAAACAUAUUUUUGCGUGCUUUGCCCAAUCUGGAGGAACUAGACCUCUCUGGCACAGCCAUUAAAAUGCUUACCUUCCCUGAAAUGUAUGUCCUGAAUCUCAAGAAGCUAUUCCUAAUGGGUUGUGAGCAGCUCCGUAGUCUGGACUGGGAUUAUGGAACACAUGCCUUGGAAGUGCUACAGGUAGACACGCAGAAGGAGGCUAGAUCAGUGGUCUGCUGUGGAGAACAGGGAUCCUUUGGCCUUCAGGCAUGUAUUGCUUUUUCAGAUGGAAGGUUUAUUUGGUCGGCCAUACAGGCACUCGUGUUCAGAUUCGCAAGAGAGAAGAACUGCAAGGCGUACCUCCUUAUAUCUAGUAUGAGCCACAGCCAAGCCAACAUCACCGUAAGUGUCAAGGGGAUUGGCUCUAACCAAGAGGGUUUGUUUCGAACAAUUCCACUGUUACCUUACAAUAAUAUUACCCUUACUGAAGAUGUAGCAUGCUUGUCCUUGGCGUGGAACCAACGACAGCUUCAAACAUUGGAUGUGCAUAUGGAGAUUGGAGAAGGAAGCUAUAAUUUAGAGAGUAUGCAGGACAAUAAAUAUUUCAGAGACCUUGUGGGGCUUGUUCAAUCAUUGCAUGUGCAUGACAAUUCCUCCAUCACAGCUAUCCCUCCAACAGAUGUAGGAGAUUGGUACGGGCUAGUAUGGUGUCAUGUUGAGAGGUGCCCCAGGCUACACUCUCUGUUUUCUUGUCGGCGUGGAAAACAUCUUAGAUUUGAACAUAUAAGGACAUUUUCAGCUUCUGAUCUCCUGGUGGCCUGUUGCAUCUGGGCUAGAGGCGGUACUGUUGAUUUCCAACAACUGCAGCACAUAUACUUGUACAAUUGCCCCAGGCUGGUGUUCGUCCUCCCCAUUUCCUUCACCUUGCCCAAACUGGAGACCCUCCAGAUGGCAUACUGCAGCAGCCUUCGACAUGUUUUCCCAUUGGAUGACAAGUGCCCCGAGGAAAUAGCAUCUGGGGUCACAUUCAAGAACCUAAAGCACAUCAAGUUGUACCAUCUUCACAAUCUGGAGCAGAUAUGCGAAGCCAGACUGACUGCACCGGCGCUGCAGACGAUCAGCCUCAGGGACUGUUGGGGUGUCAGGCGUCUGCCAGCUAUUGCACCCCAGGGUCCCAAGCCGGUGGUGGACUGCGAGAAGGACUGGUGGAACAAGCUCGAGUGGGAUGGCUUGGAUGCCGGGCACGACCCGUCGCUCUUCGAAACGCGCCACUCGGCCUACUACAAGAAGACCCUCCCAAGGGUCUCGUUUCUAAGGUGAUCUGUCGUGUGCGAGGGGGUUGGCUUACGUGAAGCAUCAGUAUAGGUUGCUGUUACAAGCCCUGAUGUCACAGCUCCUAGGUUGGCUUACGUGAAGCAUCAGUAUAGGUUGUUGUUACAAGGCCUGAUGUCACAACUCCGGGGUUGUUUCCAACUGCUGCUACUUGCACGGCAUAGGCGAAUGGUGUGUGUUUUCACCAAGAUAAGUGAUCUUGGUAUGCGUUGAUUGGUUUGUUGUGCUGGCUUCUGCCUGGAGUGCUACAUCUUUCCGGCGCUUGGUGUGGUGUUCAUAACCUAGCUGGGAUGUAUUGGUUUGAUCGAUUGUGUGUUUGUAAUAAGAGGGGGGCGUACAUAUUUCUGCGACCCGGUGUGGUGUGCGAUUAAUGGACUGUGAAUUCAGCUUGUGUUUGAUUGAUGAAACAAGGUGCAUUAUAGUUAUGUGAUUUUGUGCGAAUUUUGAGUGGAUAAUAUGUUGGCAUUGUUGUCUAUGUACUAA